UCGCGAUGGCGCCCAAAGGGGGGCUCUUCUCACUCCCCCUUCUGCUACUCGGAGGGUUUGCUCUCCUUGUUUUCUUCUUCUUCCUCCCUUCUCUCUUCAGAUCUUCUUACCUCUGCUACUCGGAGUCGCGGAGCGGAGCUACCGGAAGUAGUGGUGUUGGAGGGAAGGAGGGAUCUGAGAUCCCUUCCCGAACAUCGCCAUCAUCGUCCUCAAAUCCGGUGUCCGCUUCGGCAGAUGACAUUUCCUGGUUGAGGGACCAAUUGAGGGCGAAUGAGCUUCGGGAUCCGCCCACUACGGCGGAGGGCUGGCACAUGCUCCGGAAAGGGAUCAACCCUCGCACCAGAGCUCAGCAGCUCGAGGAUCUGCGGAAGUUCAAAGGCAUCUCACACUACGAGGAUGGGGAGAAUAAUCAUACCGAAUUGCCCUGCCCUGGAGAAUUACUGGUGGAAGAGCACCAUAGCAACUAUGGCGAGCCUUGGGCCGGAGGGCGUGAUGUGUUUGAAUUUUUAGCUAAGUCGGUUGAUCUAUUACCUGAUUUUCAAGUGCUGGAGAUUGGAUGUGGCACUCUCCGGGUGGGUCUGCAUUUCAUCCGAUACCUGGAUGCAGCCCAUUUCCAUUGCCUGGAAAGAGAUGAACUCUCUCUCAUGGCUGCUUUCAGAUACGAGCUUCCUUCACAGGGUCUUCUGCACAAGCGUCCCUUGAUCGUGAAAGGCGAUGACAUGGACUUCACCAAAUUCGGGGACGAUGUCGCCUACGACCUGAUGUAUGCGAGUGCUGUCUUCCUUCACAUUCCAGACGCCCUUGUGUGGGUCGGCCUGGAAAGGCUUGCUUCCAGACUAAAGCCUUCCAAGGGCCGGCUUUUUGUUUCUCACAAUAUAAAAUUUUGCACGCGAUUACAUGGGGAUGAGUGUUCGAAGCGGCUCUCAAAUAUUGGCCUGGAGUACUUGGGGAAGCGUACCCAUGAUAGCCUUCUUUUCAAUCACUACGAAAUAUGGUUCGAGUUCAGGCGGCCAAGGACUUGAGCUUAUUAUGUUCGGAAUUUUGGUACCUGUGAUUGUGAUUGAGCAGCUUGAACCAGGCAAAGAACGUCAGGGUUCAAUCAGAUGGUCGGAUUUGCUUGUGCCCGUUAAAUGCCUCAACCAUUCAAGCCCCGCACGAAACCUACGUGCAUCGUUCUCAAGAGUGCAUCCCACCACGCCAUAUUGCUGCAGCAAAAUUUGUUGGAGGAAGUGGGCGAGACAAGAGUCUGGCUCGUUAUUUUUCACAAGUAAUUGUCGUCGUACUUGUUGAGCCCGUCGAUCUGUUCCUCACCGUGAUUAUUUUUUCUGUAAUUGAACACUUUUCCUUUUGGUAAAUUCAGCUAACAGCAGGAUAUCUACUUGCA